AUGAAAUUCGAAAAGAGACCAUCAAAAGAAAGAGGACAUUAUGAUGCAGGUUGGCUCGAUACCUAUCACACAUUUUCCUUCUCCACUUAUAGAGAUUCAAAAUUUAAUCAAUUCGGUCCAUUGAGAGUAUUGAAUGAGGAUUGUGUGGAGCCAUCGAGUGGAUUCCCAAUGCAUCCUCAUCAGAAUUAUGAAAUAUUUUCGUAUGUCUUGUCAGGAAAUUUGACUCAUUCAGAUUCUAUGGGAAAUACAGAAAUUUGUAAGAAAGGUUCAGUUCAGUUUACUUCUGCUGGAAGUGGUAUUUAUCAUAGUGAGUUCAAUAGGGACAAGAAUGAAUAUGUUAAAUUCUUACAAAUUUGGGUGAAGCCAAGAAGCCUUGAUGCGAAACCAAAUUAUCAAAAGAUGAGUUUCUCACCAGACCAAAAACUGAAUCAAUUGUGUUUAAUGAUUGCUCCAAAGGAAAGUGCCAAAUUGAAGGAAGAAGAAUUAAUUGGAAUUGAUCAGGAUUUCUAUGUACUUUCUAGCUUAUUAGAAUCUGGAAAGAAGGUCAAUCAUACUUUAUAUUCUGGUCGUCAGAUUUAUGUUCAUGUUCCAAUUAUGAGUAGAACUGGAUCAGUAUCCAAUUCUAAAUCAAAUGGUUUGUUAUCUUCUUUACUUCGUAAGACAACCAACCCUUUUAUUACCAAUUAUUUAAAAACUAAAUUUUCAAAAACAAAAGAACAAGUUUCCAUCAAACUUUCCAAUAAUAGUAAUGGAAAUGGUGAACUUAUUACAUUGAAUGAAGGUGAUGGCUGUUCCAUUCAAUCAGAUUCACUGUCCGAAGAGGAAUUAAUCAUUGAGGGUGUUAAUUCCAUGACUGAAUUUGUCGUGAUGGAUAUGAAAAAGUAA